CGUAUAAGUAGCUCGUAUCCCACCGAGCCGAUAAUUCCCCAUACAAAACUCAUCCAAUUCGGAUAAAAAUACCCUGAAAAUGCCAUUCACGAUCCGCUAUGCCACAGAGCAAGAUGCUCCCCACCUUGCCAACAUCAAUGUAGUCAGUUUCAACCACCAGGCACUAUGGUCCGCGUUGUUCCCAAACGUCGACGUGCCCGGAACUUUGCCACUCAAAACAGCCCGUUGUCUAGACAAGCUCCGAUCGCCGCAAGUGCAUGUUGUGGUAGCCGUUGAUGAUUAUUCGGGCCAAGUUAUUGGGUACUCUCGAUGGUGGUUUCCGAAGGAUUACGAAACGAGCGUUGUCGAAUUGUCCUCCGAGGGCUUAGAUGCACUAACGGCUCAUGACAAUGGGAAAGCGUACCCAGAAGGUCUCAAUAUGGAGGCUUAUCAAGCAUUCAAGGACCUCUUGGCUGAUUUGCAGCGGGCACAUUUAGAGGAGGGCGAUAUCAUGUUGGAAUUCCUCGCUACUUUGCCGGAAGCUCAAGGUAAUGGAGUUGGGACGGCAUUGUUGAAAUGGGGUAUUGAGCGUGCUGAUGCGAGGAAUGCUCGAGUGUAUUUGGAGGCUACAAAGGAUGGGUAUCCGCUUUAUUGGAAGCAUGGGUGGCGGGAUCUGCAAGUGGCAGGGUUGGAGUUCACGAAGUAUGGGGGCACAGGGUCGCAGGAAUGGGUUGCUAUGCGGAGGGACAGGAGGAAGCCUGUUGCUGGAUGA